GAACCGGUUAACCAUCCCAAACGACCGCGUCCAGCAGAUGGAGGCAAAGCUGGAAAGGCUGGAAAAGAAGGUCGGAGAGAAGAAUGACCGGGACAAACCCCUGGCAGGGUCCCCGUUCACCACAAGGGUCCAUCUGACACCUUUCCCGCGAAAGGUCAAGAUCGACGCCCCCAGAUUCACCGGGAAGGAAGACCCGGAAAUCCACCUGGACUCCUUCAACCAGAGUGCGACCAUGAACAGUUGCACCGAUGAAGAAAAGUGCCUACUUUUCUUCCAGACCUUGCGGAACCGAGCCACUGAAUGGUUCAAUAAGCUUCGCCCGGGAACCGGGCAGAGGGAGUCUGAGAACCUCACUCAAUUCCUUACCCGGUGGAAGGAAGAGGUGGACAAGGUGGAAGAGAUGGAUGACAAGACCGUCCUAUCCCUCCUCUUGAAUGGCUUACGUGCUGGGGAACUAUACAAGGAGUUCUGCCGGAAACCCCCAGCCACGUACCAAGAAGCCUACCAUACUGCGUGGGAGUUUGCUGAGGCUGAAACUCAACUCCGGGCAAAGAGGGAAGCUGAGCAUGGUCACAAGUCCAAUCCGGUGCAAGUCAAGAAGGAAGAAGCACCGGGACCUAGCCGGCCGAGGCACCACUAUGACCCGGUCAUCCGAGUGGUCAAUACAGAGGAAUGCCAAGAAGUCCGGAAAGCACCGGUCAUUCCUCCAGAAAACCCUACCGGUCAAAUGAUCGACAGUGGAGAGCUGGGCAAAGAUUACUUGCAGAAAGCCCAGGAGAAGAGUCAUCAAUGGGUUAGGCCAACUGCCCCAGGGAAUGACCGGGACAACGACCGACGGAGGAAUAACCGGCCAAGGGAGCGGCAACCUGCCCCCGAAAAGGAACACAUCGGCAUGAUCUUCGGCGGACCCGAGGGUGGAGAUUCAGCCGCGCAGCGGAAGAACUGGGUCCGGAGCAUUUACGUUGGAGAGGUAAGUGAUGAACCGCCCAGGCGUAAGCAUACUAGGAGGGAGCCUAUCGUCUUUACUGACCGGGAUCUCCCUCCUACCGGUGAAGAUCACAAUGAUCCAUUGGUCAUCACCAUGGACAUUAAUGGGGUGGAUGUCGCCCGGGUACUUGUUGACACCGGUAGCAGUGUCAACAUCUUAUACCUGGCGACCUUCCAGAAACUCAGGUUGUGUCGAACACAACUUGAACCCCUCAAAACCCCUCUCUCAGGCUUCACGGGGGACACCGUUGAAGCUGAAGGAUCCAUAGUUCUAUCGGUCGAACUAGGAUCAGGUGAAAAGACCGUGUGGAAGAAGAUGCGGUUCAUAGUUGUGGACAUCAAAUGCGUCCACAAUGCAAUUCUUGGAAGGCCAUGCAUCAAUAAAGUCGGGGCGGUGAUUUCCAUGCCUCAUCUAUGCAUGAAGUUCCACACUCCAGGUGGUGUGGGUGAGGUGAAGGGCGACCAGAGGAACGCCCGGGAGUGCUAUGCCCGGGCAGUCAAGAAGAUGACCAAGGGGGUCAAUGUCAUCUCCCAAGAGAUCACAAAGGGAGAGACCCGGGAGAAACUGGAGCCUGAGGCUGAGACGGUGGAAAUCGAACUUCACCUGGGUGAUUCUUCGAGGAUGGUCAGAAUUGGAGCAAAUCUCCCCGAGGAUCUCAAGGAGCAGAUUACACGGGUCCUCCAAGAAUACGCGGGCAUAUUCGCAUGGAGCGUGGCGGAUAUGCCCGGGAUAGAUCGCUCUGUUAUCUGCCACCGGUUGGCCGUGAGGGAAAGAAGUCGACCGGUACGCCAAAAGAAGCGGUACCUGGCCAGUGACCGGCGAGACUUCGUCAAGAAGGAAGUGAAAGACCUCCUCAGUGUUGGUCACAUCCGGGAAGUCAAGUUCGGGGUUGAUAUCAUUGGAGCAUUCCCAGUCGCCCAAGGAGGGAAGAAGUUCGUGAUCGUAGCCAUCGAUUACUUCACCAAAUGGAUCGAGGCCGAAGCAUUGGCCAACAUUACCACGCAACAAUGCAAGAAAUUCAUUUGGAAGAACAUCAUCACGAGGUUUGGAGCGCCCAUAAACCUCAUCACCGACAACGGCCCACAAUUCCGAAAUCCAAGAUUCACUAAGUGCUUGGAGGGCUUCGAGAUCAAGCACAAUCGCUCUUCGGUGGCGUACCCCCAAGGAAAUGGCCAAGUCGAAAACGCCAACAGAACUAUUGUAGAUGGUUUGAAGAAGCGGUUGGGAGAAGCAGGGAACAAGUGGCUGGAAGAGCUCCCACACAUCGUAUGGGCAUUCCGAGUAACACCCAGGAGGGCUCACGGGGAAACUCCAUUCUCCCUAACCUAUGGAUGUGAAGCAAGGCUGCCCAUCGAAGCUGAAUUCCCAACGUUCCGGGAAUCAAACUAUCAACCCCAACAAAAUGAGGAAGAUCACUUGGCCGAAUUCAACUUGGUCGAAGAGCGGAGAAUGGCCGCGGAAGUCAAAAUGAGCACAUACCAAAAAGUGGUGAAGAAGUACCAUGAUAACAAGGUUGGGCCGCGGUACUUCCAAGUUGGGGAUGAAGUCCUACGAAGAAGAGAAGCAAGUAGACCCGGCGACGGAGGAAAGCUAGCCAAAAACUGGGAAGGGCCUUACCGGGUGAGAGCUAUCAUUCGCCCAGGGACCUACCGGUUAGAAACUCUUGAAGGGGUACCGGUAGAAAGAACCUGGAAUUCCCAUCAUCUUCGCAUGUUCUACAAAUGAUUGUAAUACUAGGCAAGGCCUACUUUAUUAUCAAUCAAACCGAUGAUGUUCAAUACUCUAUUUGGUAGCGGCAGGAUUGAUAGG